CUACAGGCAGCAACCCAUUUGCUAGUUUCGUUUGCCUUUUCUCUCUCAGUCCCUCUCUUCAGUUCUCCUAAAAAACAAAGACCAAGUGAUGCAUUUGUUUUAAGGCGACCAAUAUCAGGUUUGAAGGUGUACUUUGAUGGUGCAGGUGUACGCAUACACUAGUUAGUAUGCCAAGACCUGUAUUUUCUAUGGAGAGGACAACACUUAUCUGGUAAAGGCAAAAAUGAACAUAACUUUGUUGGGGUGCUGCUCUGUCGGACAGCGUUUAUAAACCCUUUACAAUUAUGCUCAGCCGGAACUUACUCUCAGUCAACCUACCUUAUUUGAGAGGUUUUUUGUCAGCACCAGCUAGUUUUCUUGGAACUGGAGAUACAUUAAAGCAAGCUAGAGUAUUCACGAAUGAAGAUGUCAUAGAGUGCUCAAAAGUGAGACGUGACUAUAAUCAUCUGCAUUUGAAUUCUGAGUCUGCUCGAAAUGCUGGAUUUGAAGAUCGACUGGUACACAGGAUCCUUGUUACUUCCCCGGUCCCAAAUAUCACAUCUUCUCAUUUUGGCUAUGCAAAGAGGAGGCUAUCGGGUUGCUCCGAACCCGAUUUUGAGGAUUCGGGUGGUUUGAAGAGUCCUCAGAAGAAGACUCAGGUGGCUGAAUCGUUUUUGCACCGGUAUAGGAAGAAGGGCUUGCUUGUCACCGACAUUACUGGCAGUGAAUGGUGUGAAAAACAAAUGGAGUUUGUUCUCCUUGUUGGCAAGCGAAAAGAGAGUAUGGCAAUGAAAGCGGGUAUUGCUCGCCAUGCAAAACUUGAAGAAGAGGUUGUAAAAAAAGCUAAAGUUCGUGUCAAAUUGAUUGAAGAUAAAUGGGAUCCGAAGAGCAGGUUAUCAGUUUUGUCCGAACCCAAUAUCGAGGAUGCUGUAGGUUUGAAGAGUGCCCAGAAGAUGACUCGGGUGGCGGACUCAUUGCACCUGUGUAGGAAGAAAGGGUUGAGUGUCACGUACUUUAGUAUCAUCGACAUUGAAACCGUGCAAUGGUAUGACCGAAACAUGGAGCUUGUUUUCCUUGUUGGCAUGCAAGAAGUGAGUAAGGCUAUGGAAGCAUGUAUUGCUCGCCAUGUAAAACUUGAAGAAGAGGCUGUAAAAAGGGUUAAAGAUCGUGUCAAAUCGAUUGAAGUUGUAUGGGCUCUGAAGCUUCUGAAGUUUAUAACUGGUGUAGAUCAAUUACUGUUUGAAGGAUUGACACGUGAGCUGCCAAGAAUAGGUUUUAUAGAAGGGGUAUGGAUGGUGGGUGUGAUUGAUGAGAUUCGACUGUCUGUAACGGAAACCAACAGAAACCCAAUAUUAGUUGACACAAAGACUCGUGUGAAAGAUACACUUCCUCAUGAAUCACAACAAAGAAAUGGAAGGGUUCAGUUGAUGUGCUACAAAUGUAUUUGGGAUGCUUUAGCUGCCAAUAAAUUCCCAUCGGAGAAGUUUUAUGAUUUCUUUUCCUUGAAACCUCAUUACGUUUUACCUAAGACAAUCAGAGCGAGGACUGUUAAGUCAGGGUUCCCAGCGGUGACCCUUGAUGACAUAGUGAGACACUAUGGGAACAUGUGCAGCAACCUGCGACCUGCUCAUGACCAGCUGCUAUUGAGAUAUGAGUUACAGAGAGAUCAUUCAUUACUUGGUGAAGAUGAGUUUGCAUAUGACUCUGAUUGGAUCAAAAGUCAAAUUCAGUGUAGACUCGAGUUCUUGCGAGGAGAGCGUGAAGCCAGAUGCACUCCUAAGGAAGAGCGAUGGAAAUGCCUGUCCUGUCAACAUUCCAAUGACUGCCAAGAUAAAAAAGCAGACUAUAAUAGUCCACCAAGUUAGAGAAAAGCACCUGCAUUGGUUAUGUUUCAAUCAGCAUCCUAUACAAGGGUACAAGAAGCAUAAAUUUUUAGAGUUGCUUCUUUUUUGAGUUGCUUUUUUGGGGUAAUUGCUGUGUUGGAUUUGAGCUCUAGGAUGUACAUUGAAUGUAUCGUUUCUGUUGUUUCGUCAAACAGAUAUUCUAAAAUUCAA